AUGCUCAGGUCGUACAGUCCACUUGAGAAGCGGGGCAUUCAAACCGAUGUCAUCCUUGCAGAGCAACUAUACACCUUCAUGGCCUCACUCGCGAAGGAGCGCUACGCCGAAAACAUCAGGCAGCGGUCCGGAACCGUCCCUGGCUAUGAUCGACUAUGCCGGGAGUUUCAUGGCAACGUGGCCGUCACCCUCAUCGAUUUCGCCCACACAGGCUACGGCCGUCUGUCAAAGCUGACCGAGGGGCCCAUGCUCAGGGAUCCGCAUCACUUAGCCCAAUGGCUAGACGGGGGUUUGCAAGAUAUCAGCACUCGAUACGUGCUAAUCGAGGACAUCGACACCAACUUGUGGUUUACGCUUGGUGGGAUCUUUGGCAUUGAACCGCAGUUCUUCCUGGAUCAUAUGAACAGCUUUGACGUGUCUGCAUGCGACUCCAACCAAUGUGUUCAAUGGACCACCUGGAACUUGCCGCUACCAUAUCUAUCGUUUCGAUGGUACAGACCUGUUUCGCACGCUAAACACUCCAAAGCCGCAACCAGACGCCGGGGGGCAAUCGACGGGUACAAGCUCGUAAGGCGCGAAGAACACUAUGAGAAGGGCGAGAAGGGGAAACCGGAGCUUUUUUACACCAUUCACGGGGCGCGUGCCCUCUCAAGUGUACGUCGUCCCGAGUGGGACCUCUCUGCGAGCUCCAGCAUUGCUGCCAAGGGUCUCCUUGCGAUUGAAGAGCGGGUUUCAAUAUACCGGACUAUGCGAAAGGGAUAUCGAUACAUCAUUAUGCUUUUAGACGCCGUCCCGAAAGCGCAGACAGCAACCUGGACAGAAGAAGCUGGCAAUAUUCAACAGACGUUCUAUUAUCCCCCGCUGUCGGCGACAAUCGAAGAAGUCGAUCUCUACAAAGGUCUCAUUCCCCGCUUCCCACCCAAUUUUAACACAGCGAGCAUCGCGGAUGUACGCAAGGAAUACUUAGAAAAUAUUUACAACACCCACUACUCUACCAUGAUGUGCCUCGAACAGAACUCCGACCCCUACAACCAGGUUUCCACACCCACACCAGUUCCUUGCGGGCACCUUCCUUUGAUCCACCUCUUUCAAUUCGUUGAAUCCGAUACUCUGGGUCUCCUCCACCUUCUAGACCGUGUACAAAAGGAUAUCGUGCAGUCAACGGCAUCUCAAGACGCUGAACUUGAGGAUAUCCUCGCUAUGCGAAAAUUCAUAGCUUCAGCCCUUGCGCAUCUCUCAACCCUGAGUCGGGAUCUAACAGACUCCCUUGGGGAAUUGCUAACUUUAUGCCGAGGCAGCCGCAAGGACCCGCAACACGAAACCGUCGAUAAGCUAAGCCAGCACUUCGAGGACACCAUUCAAGGUCUAAAAGAAGCGUCCAACGCAAUCACUGGUACGCUGCAGUUUAUAGAGUCUCACCGCGCUAUUCUCGAAACCGAAAGCAUCACCCGCCUAACGGAGCUCGCAUUCCUAUUCAUCCCGCUCUCCUUCGCGGCCUCUCUUUUCUCAAUGCAGAUCCAACAACUCUCCAACCCCGUCCCUGUUAGCCACUUUAUUGCUUUUGCCCUUUCCCUGAGCGCAACCACUUACGCCCUACGCGCUAUGGCGCGCAAUCAAGUCGCUGAGCAAGCCACAGAACCUAAAGAAGUUGAAGAAGCUGAAGAAGCCUAUGUGGAUCGCUCUUUUGGUAUGCUUCCUGGUUCCAUUGCUCGAAUUGGCAAGGACCUCCAAGGUUACAUUUCAAUAGCGUGGAUAGUUGAACCCCGAACUCCGGACUCCGAACCCCGAGCCCCCAACCCCGAAGGAUAUCUGAACCGCUACUUUGACUUGAACCUCCUCUCCUCAACCCACUACUUCUCAAUUUUCGUAAUUGAGAUGAGCUCACGCCGCCGCAAUGGCCAAGCCGCGUCCUGUGAGCCCUGCCGAAAGGAUAAGGUGCGAUGCGACCAUGAACUCCCUGUCUGUGGCAGGUGCCAGAAACGCAAUAGAGCGAAUCAAUGUUAUUACCAUCCAGCUCCCUUGACAGGAGACCGAGCUUCUCCAGCCCGUCUGUUGGGCACAGGGCGAAUCUCGCGGUCCGCGAGAAACCCCGGUCGAAAGGCGUCCCGAGCAGCGUCGCCUACGCCGUCGUCCGUCGGGAUAACGAUUCGAAGUCCAGGAACCGACCAGUCUCAGCCUCCAGGCUACUUCGGCCCAACCAGUUUUGUGUCUGCCUUUGCUGUCAACACAGAAAGUGCACCGACGCCCUCGAGUAAUGACUCCCAAGUGUCCGGAAACAGACACUCCAUCUUACCUUCAUACUGGGUAUCUGAGAUCACCAAGAUGUUACGUAUACUGACCGAAGGCCCAAUAAUUGAGCAAUUGGUGUACGCCUUCUAUGGUGUGACUCAAUCUGCUGUACUGCCUACUGCAAUCGCCUUCAGUUUCAUGACCGAAAUCCGGGGAUAUAUAAAAGAGAACGAGACACCGCAAACCUUACAUGAGAAGACCACCCAGAUUCUGGAAAGCACAGCGCAAAGACUGCAAGUGCCAUCUGAUGUCAAGGGAAACAACUUCCACAAACUGUUCAGUGGUAACCAAAUGCGCUUAGAGAUCAUAGGCAUAAUAUAUGCCAUUGCCGGACGGGCUAGCUUUUUCGGCUUUCUGCUCGACAAGUUCCCUGUGUCUACUGGCACUGCAUAUACAGACCGUAUAAAAUUCUCCAGGAUGAUGUUGACAGCAAGCGAAACAGCCGUGCAAGUGUGCAGAAUGUUGACUCCUGUGAGUGACUUGACAACUUGGAUGCUAUAUGAGAACUGGCUGCUAUCUUGCAUGUUCCACGGUGACUCCAGCUCUCCAACUUGGAAUCGGCUCGGAGAACUGUCUAGCUGCAUCUUUGAGCUAGGUUUGCAUCGUGAUUGCAACAACCAUAAAAUACAAGGCAUACCUACGUUCUUGCGAGAGCUACGGCGAAGAUUGUACGCGGGUUUAUACUACAAUGAUAAGAACGUGGCAACAUUCUUCGGGCGUCCACCGCGUGUUUCAUGGAGACAUUCCGACUGCAAACCACCUCUAGAUAUCAGCGACGAGGCUUUGCUAGGCGACGAGCAAGACCUCGAGCAAGCCGUGCGGGAGCUAGAUGACGAGGGCUGGAAUGCUGAUACCACCUUCCGCCGCGCCUCCUGGUAUAGAAUCCGAUAUUUUCUUAUCUCUUUUCGAGAGGAGAUAUUAGAAUUGUCUCUACGACCUGUAGAUAAUGAAGCUGCUGGAAGACUAAGACAUAUUUCCACUCGCUGUACCGAGAUCUGGAACUCAGCGCCAGCUCACCUACGUUAUACAACCUGCAACUGGGACGAUGACCUUCACAUUGGGGUCCGCAUCAUGAUAAUCGCCACCUACCUGGUAUACCUGUACAGCAUGUUCCUCAUACAAAGGCUCCUCAUCCAGCACGACUCCUCUGCUGAACGCGCCUUACUCGACGUAUGUUCGGAAAUUUUAUCUCUUGUCCUGUUGCUAGAGAGGCAGCAAGGGCCUGCAAUUGAUAUCCGAAGCGACCUGAACUCUAUAAUGGUCCUGUACGGUUUUUCCAGCGCCAGCACCCUCAUCAAAGCCCUCCAAACACAAGCUCGAACCGGCAACCCUAUCCCCUAUAGCGGCUCUAGGGCAGAGCUGAUCCGUAAUCUAAGCGUCUUUAUUUCGCAUAUAGAAGCCAUGGCUCGGCCGAUUACAUCGAACAUCAAUCACUCGCUGUUUGAGCGUGCGAGCAAAAUGUUCACCAAUAUUCUCGACGAAGUCCUGGAAUCGCGGCUACCGGUCUCCUCGACCAGGGCGGAUGCGGCGACGAUUGAUAUGGACAUGACUGCCCCAGCGGAAGAAGACUAUAUCAGUUCCUGGGCGGCGGAUGGCAUGGAGUUCCUGGAUACUCUGGACUUUAAUGAAGUUUUUGAUCAGUGGGUAUUCUAG